AUGGAUUAUUGGUGUGAGAGAACACCCAAAUAUAUGAACUUGACCGUGAAAGAAUGGAAAAAUAUCAGCGCUCCCCUGGAGACAAGAGAAGGAAAAACUUCAUAUAGUCGGUGUGUCACUUACGAUAUUAACGAUGAAAAUUAUGGAAAGAAUUUUUCGAAGAUUCGAUGUCAUUCGUGGGAAUACGAUCAUUCACAAUAUAAAAGUAGCGUCAUCGAAAAGUGGAAUUUAGUUUGUGAAAGUUCUUGGUUGAGUUCACUUGCUGGCUCUUCUUAUUUUCUGGGAUUUUUCGUAUCCGCCGUUGUAUCUGGUCAGAUUUCCGAUAGGUAUGGCAGAAAACGAGUAAUAUUAUCGGGUCUCGUGAUUCAUAUAACUUUUGGGAUUCUUUGCUCAUUUUCUCUUUAUUAUUGGAUGUUCACUGCAUCUCGUUUCUUAUUAUCUGUAGGAGUCACUGCCACUCAUCUAACGUUAUUUGUGUAUGUUAUGGAAGUAGUUGGCUCGACGUCCAGAGAAAAGGUCAUCGUAAUUCAAUGUUUCUCUUAUUCAUUGGGAAUACUUCUACUUACCGGAGUAUCUUGGUUCUUGAGAGAUUGGUCUCAUAUUCAAUUGUGCUGCACUCUUCCUUCAACCUUGUCACUUAUAUUCAUCAGUAUGAUACCGGAGUCUCCAAGAUGGCUGCUAACUCACGGUAGAUUACGUAAAGCCGAAGAUGUUAUACAAAACAUAAUGAAUAAAAAUAAAAGACACGUCGAAGAUUUAACCGAAAUUAUUGAAGAACUUCAUUGGAAAAUUAAAACGAAUGAGAAGAAAAGAAAACUUAACUUUCUACACCUGAUCCGAAAGAAAGAGUUACGCAAGAUUACUUUCAUCAUGUAUAUCUUAUGGUUAGUGAUAGUAUUUGACGUCUAUUCAAUAUCUUUGAAUGCGGAUAUCACAGGAGGAAACAUCUUUCUUCUUUUUGUAUUAUUUUCUUUAUUAACUUCUUGCGUUUCUGGAGUGUUGAACAUCGUUUUACCUCGCUUUGGAAGAAGACACAUUUUGAUGUUUGGAUAUUUUUCGGUUGGAAUCAUUUCGCUGCUCAUUGCAGUUGUCCCAAACGGUCUUAUAUGGUUGAGGAUUGCCUUUCUGGUGUUGUGCAGAUUUUGUAUGUCGAUUGCAUCAAACACAAUAUAUGGAUUUACUUUAGAAUUGUAUCCGACUGUAGUUCGUAACGUUGGUAUUGGAUCGUGUUCUACAGUAGCCAGAAUUGGAGCCAUUGCUGCUCCUUUUAUGAAGGAUCUUAGUGAAAAGGUUAAUUGGAGCAUUCCUUUUGUUAUUGUUGGAGUAUUGACUAUUUUGUGUGGGAUGUGCAUUUUUCCUUUGCCAGAAACCAAAAGUGUUCGUUUGAACGAUACCAUCGUCAAUUAUUCCAAGCGAUACUCGAGCUGGAUGAGAAUCCCAGCCGAAGUCGAUGAUUCUGGUGCUCCGAUGAAGAAUCGUUCAGCGGGUGAAGUUUGGAAACAGAUUUGGUGA